AUGAUUAAUCAAUUUCGUAAAGAAAUGCCCCGACCUAUAGUGGGCAUCGGGCAUAGCUUCGGUGGUUGCCAAAUUACCAAUCUUGCUUACCUGCACCCUCGUUUGUUUACCACCCUCAUCUUGAUGGACCCGGUCAUACAGCUUUCACCCCCGCCAAUGGGUUUUGGCACGGAUACGCUAGGUGGCGUGAACUACACCACCUACCGGCAGGAUAUCUGGCCAAAUAGGAAGGCAGCUGCAGAAUCACAAGCAAAAGCAUCCAGGACUUGGGAUCCUCGAGUAUUGAAUAAAAUGAUCGAAUACGGAUACAGAGACUUGCCUACCAUACUCUAUCCAGACCUCCCUUCUGAUGCUGACCCCGCUGACCCACCGGUUACACUGACUACAAACAAGUAUCAGGAUGCUUUCGUCCAAUUGCGUGAAAAUUUCUCCGCAAGGCAGCCAGAUGGUAGAAUCAAAAUCAAUCGCACCACACAUGCAGAUAUGGAUCCACUGGCCGCUUUCGUGCCACUAUACCGACCUGAGCCUCGGAGUACCUUCUACAAAUUGCCUAGUUUACGUCCUUCUGUUCUGUGGCUCGUGGGAGAAAAGACCUACCUCCGACUUGACGAAAUGCGAGAGGGUAUCAAAAUAACUGGGACCGGUGUUGGUGGUUCCGGUGGCAUUCCUGAAGGUAGGGUAAAGGAAAUUGUAAUGAGCAAGCAAGGGCAUCUGUUUCCUUUCGAAGAAACCUCUCAAACUGCAAAAGAAUGUUCUGAAUGGCUGGUAGUCGAACUAGGGACAUUUAGAGAGACGGAAAAGCAAUGGAGAGAAAGCAGAAAAAACAUGACUGUCCGGGACCACAUGGUUCCAAGUCAAAAGUGGCUGCAAGUGGUAAGGCGACCAAGCCGCCCAAAGAACAAGCUGUGA